AGACAAAAAGAUCAUUGUUGUGUGGGCUACAAAUAUUAAAAAAACUUUCACAGACCGCAUGGAAUCUAAUACCCGAGUUGAAAAACUCAAGAAUGUUUACAAUUUAUUGAAAAAAAAGGGAGUUCCAAAUGUUGAUAAUCUCCUCCAAGCUAAAAAUGAGAAAGGUGAGGUAUAUCUUGGUCCGAAAGGAAUGAGUGUAAGACCAAAGAAUCAAAGGGAACUCCUUGAAGCCAUUGUCUGUAUCCUCGAGGCGCUUGUAGUUAUGCAUGGUGGCGAUGAACCUAUCUUCCAUCAAGACAUUCGGUGGCCCAACAUUAUUCGACUGCCUGGUUCAUCUAGUGUACCAUCGAAAUGGAUUCUUAUAGACUGGGACGAAGCUGAUGAACCUCCGACCCAACCGGCAAUUCAUCUCGCAAAAGAAAACCAUGCCCCAGGAGUGUUCCAGGAAAAUCACCACGGUGAAGUUGAUAUUUGGAGUGUGGGAAAGCUAAUAACUGAAGCAAGUAAAUGGCUUAUUGGUAUAUCACCAAAAAUCCUUGAACUUGGAAGAGAAAUGCGAAGUAAUAAUAGACCAAAUGCUCAGGAUGCAUUGAAAAAUAUUAAAUCUUUUAUGGCUUGA